CUUAAUGAUUUUUCUUCGGCUCUAGGUGAAGCACAGGAGGAAUGCACGUGUGUUUCCGCACAUGUGUAGGUUUUAUAACAGUUUAAAUAUUUUUGUAUUGUGUCGAUCGACACAACGCUGAUGAUGUCUGCGUCUAUAAACAAGAAAACAAACGGCGGAGAUGCUGUUGCGAAGGCAGAAGCCCUCGAUAACGAAGAUGACUCUCCCAUUGUGAGCCGCACACGGAGCGGUCGCAGAAUACGGACACCCGCGGCCAAAACUCCCGUCCGCCGGACCAGAAAGUCUGUUGUGCGGGAAGAUCCGGCAGAACACACCGAGUCUCGGCAGGAAUCACCUCCCGAUGAAUGUACAGCAGAUACUAAAGGCGAUCAGUGUAGUCCAGAGACAGAACCAGUGUGUCCAGAUGUGUCUACAUCAGCAGAUGUCAGUCAAGAGUCAGGUUUGAUAGGGUCAGAUCAGACCAGUGAGAAGGAAAAUGUGGUAAAUAACACAGAGACUGAAUCCACUGGUCCCACUGACCCCAAGAAAAUGGCCAAAAAAAGGACUCACUCAGAAUCCAGUGAGAAGAAAAGUAAGGUGGUACCUCUCGGGAAACCUAAAUCUGGAAGAGUAUGGAAAGACAGAAAUAAGCAAAGGUUCUCCGCUCUGUUGAGGGACAAACCUCUGCGUACUUCAUGGGAAAAGAAGAUGGAGGCCAAGAGAGAGAAGCAGCUGGUGAAGCAGUACCACCAACAGCUGAAAGAUGAGCAGGCCAGAGAGAAAGAGGAGAAAAAGAAGAGAAGAGCAGAAAAUCUGAGAAGACGAGCAGAAAAUGAGAGAAAAGCAGAGAUUGUGCAAGUGAUUAAGAAUACGGCAAAGAUCAAGAGAAUGAAGAAGAAACAGCUGAGGAAGAUUGAGAAAAGAGACACGCUCUCCAUGGUGCAGAAAACACCACCUAGUGUCAAGAAGGGAGGAGCGAAAACAAACAGCAGCUUGUAGGAAGUUUCAAUGCAGACCUUAACUUGCUGUUAUUCAUUUAAAUGUUCAGUGCAUGUUGAAUGAACUGCCAUGCAGACCCCACUAUGGAAAAGACAUCAUGGAAAUGUUAUAAGUUUUGGAU